AACGCGCAAGCGCAGUUCGGACAGGGUUGCAGAUUCCUGCUCAUUGUGUACUGACUGCGAUGUGGUGGUGGCCGCGGUCUCUCGCCGCCGGUAGAGGCUCCUGGAAGGGUGACCUAGCGGUGACCAAACACGGUGGCCAAAGCCGCAAAGGGAGAGCGGCAGUGGUGUGGUCAGGUCUGGGAGGAAGGGGUGAGGGAAAGCCGAGGAUGUCUGAGUCGUGGUCCAUUCUGGAGGACCCUGCUGUAAUGCCCCAAACUUCCAGAGUGUGUGUCUGAGAUUUUAUUCCAAAUGGAGAAGGGAAGGACCGGCAGGAUCGGGCUUCUUGCGUUUUAGGGUCCCAGUCUCAGUGCCUGUGGAGCGGAUGGGGCCAGGGCCUCCUCUAGCGUGUGGUGGAGCAGCAGCCCCGGCACACAUAGCUGGUCGGGGUACGGCUGAUCCCGAGCCCGCCACAGGGUUUGCCAAGGGCGAGGGAGCCGCAGUGCAGCCCUGCAGCACCUCCCUGGGGACCCGACCGAGCAGCAGGCACACACGUUCACUGUGGCUCUCCUCGCCUUUGACUCCGGGUCACCCAAAUGGCCCCGGAGAGUGAGAAGUUGAGGCUAUCGAAGAGCGUGGCCUGAGAGACUUCAACAUCGAGGCUCUAGCCUACUUAGGUCGCGUCUUUUCAGGAGAAAGUCAACCCUCUUUCCACCCCUUCCUCUUCUCCCCUCCGGAUCCGCAGUCCCAGGAGAGACAAUUCCUUAGGACUCCUCAGCAUACUUUAGGGGAAAGGACAGAGGGCGGGUACAAAGUAUGGGGACUGGGACUGGAGCAAGCUUUCUGCCGGUCAAAGUAUUUAAAAUACAGAAGGGGAGAUAGGGAGGAUAUGACUACAGGAAAGGUGUGAGGGAGGGAGUGGGGAAAAUCUCUCAGAAGCAGGAGAGUUUGGAGCAAAUGAGACCGAAGGGUUCCUUGCAGGGAGGUACAGUGGACCCCCAGAGUGCGAAUGCCACAGCCUCUCUCCUGCUGCGACACCUUCUGACCCAGCCCUCUCCUCACAGGUGUGUGGCCGCUUCUAGCCUGAAGAAUCCCGAGCUUGCUUACGCCCCUCGCCGGCCUCCGCAGCACUUCGCCUGUCCCUAAGAGGAAGCAUCAGAGAAGAAAGAAUGGCUGUGAGCCACCUGCCAACCGUGGUCCAGGUGAGUGGGGUUUUCGCCCUAAUUUGCCUUCUGAUUUGAAGAGUACGGGGAUGUUUCUUCCCCUGCCCAGGAGCUUCACUCCUACUCCAAUCUCCCCCGCACAGUUGACCCGGGUUGCUCUCUCCUACCGUGUUGGCUUCUCCAGGUGGCUAUUAGAGCUAAGUGACUUGCUAAAGUUCAUGUAAGGGGCACAACUGGUUGGUCUGAAAUGAAAACCUUUCCCCGGCCCUGUUUCUACGAGCAGGUAAGAUUAGAGGUCUGAAUGGUAAAGAUCUGACACAGCCCUGGAGAGGUUUAUUAUUUUCUUUUUCUUAAAAUGUUAUUUGGCUGGGCCGGGGAUUUAGCUCAGUGGUUCCGCCACCUGCCUUGCAAGCUCAAGGUCCCGAGUUCAAUCCCCGGUACCAAAAAAAAAAGUUAUUUGGCUUUUUACUUCAUAGAAAUAUUGGAUACCAAUGGAAUUAUUUAAAAGACUUCUUUUGUGGGUUGGGGAUGUAGCUCAGUGGUAGAGUGAUUGCUUAGCAUGCUCAAGGUUCUGGUUUCAUUGCUAGCACACCUCCCCCCCCAAAAUGUGCCUCCAUGUCCAUUAAAUUCCUGAAAAGCUCUGAGUGGUGCCAAGCUCUUUAAAAUAAGAGUACACAUCUGGGCAUGGUGGUGCACACCUGUAAUUCCAGCUCUCAGGAGGUUGAGACGAGAAUUGCCACAAGUUCAAGGGGAGCUUGAACUACAUAGUGAGACCUUGUCUCAAAAAAAAAGUAUGUAAUCUCUUUUGAAGAGAACGUAUUCAUUCAUUCAUUCGGGUGUAUAAAUUCUGGUGCAUUUGGCAAAAUUGUUCUAAUUCCUUCACAUUUAAAGCUUCACCUAAUAGCUGCCCACUAGGCUCCACCUCUUAAAGCUUCUGCCACCCCUCAGUACCAUUACACUGGGGACCAAACCUAGCAUAUAAAUAUUUGGGGACAAACUGUCUAAACCCUAACAAUGUCACUGCCCAUCUUGUGUUUAUAGCCUGCAUUACUUUGGUUGUCAGGCAUGGACAUGCAUCAGGGAUGUAAAAUGUGCCGAGUAUUAUGGUCUAUGCUAGAAACUCACAGGUGGAAAGCAGUCUCUGACAAACUGGUUCAUGAGUUCAAUUUAGCAAGUGUUUCCCGGCUGCCUGCUGUAUACCAAGGCUUUAGAUUCCGGCAGCAGAAGUGUAAUUGAGACUACCUUAAUCAAAAGUUGGUGUUUAUGGGAAAGAUACUGAGUUACUUCCCCAAAUCUAAAGACAGAGAUAAGCCGGACUUUGGCUGUGGAAAUGGCAUCUGGAAUACCCUAACAGUGCUCUCUGUUACCCCUUGGUUUUCUCUGAGCUUCCACUUAAUCUUUCUUUCACAGUAUAAACCAGCUCCCUGGUGGCUAGGAAGACCUUGUGAAAACACUGAAUUCUAUGUAUUAGAUUUCUGGUAUUUGAGAGAAACAAUUUCUUCUGUCUUAGUUUGAAAGUUUUCAAAAAAAAAAAAAAAAAGGACUAGUUGUAAAUCAGAGGGAACAGAGUCCCAGAGUAUAAAUGUCUGUUUCCAUGGUGCGCGCGCGCGUGUGUGUGUGUGUCUGUGUGUGUCUGUGUGUCUGUCUGUCUGUCUUGGGGGUGGACAGAUGAGCAGUUGAAGAAUUGCAGAAAAGUACAGUCUGUAUCACUUAACAGUAACAUGUCCUGAGAAAUGCACUAUUAGGUGAUUUUGUCCUUGUGCAAACACCAUUAACAGUAUCUGUACAAAUCUAAAUGACCCAGGUCAGCCCCUCAGUGUGGCUUCUUGAUGCAGUCAAGAUGAACAUGAGAUGUGCCAGGCUCUUAGCAGUGUGCCACUGCAUGUUGUUUUACAGCGCGCUUUUUUUAAAUAAGUAGAAGUGAUGACUAAAAGUAUACUGGAUAUGUGAGCCAGUAACGUUGUUGACUAUCGUUACCAAAUAUUAGGUGCUGAACAUGCAUGAUCGUAUGUACUUUUGUACACCUGGCAGCACAGUAGGUAUUGUAUCCCAGCACCACCUCGAGCAUGGAAGUGGUGCACUGUGCUAAAAUUUGACGCCAGCUGUAAGUACAUCACUAGGCAACAGUGAUUUCCAGUUCCAUCAUAGUCUUAUGUGGCCACUUUCAUAUAUGUGGCCUGUCAUUGAGCCAAACAUUAUGCUACGUAUGACUUUUAAUAGUUGCUGCAACUAUGACCAUGCUGAAGAUGCUGAGAAGACGAGGGAGAUGUAGAACUGUUCCAUACUGUGGAGGUAACAGUCCAAAGGUGGAGACUGAGCGUAAACCAAAGAUCGCAGUGAAGUGGGUCAGAGCUUCAGCGGGCCCACAUCGACGGGUGCAGGAGCAGCCAGGGAAGGCUGUGCUGAGGUAGUGUCUGAGCAGAGACUGGACUAGGGUUUGGCCAUGUCGGGGAAGAGCAGAGGCAGGGCUGGGAAGAAUUCUGGAGAUGGAGAAAAUGAACAGCCCUCCGUGGUCCCAGUGCCGAGGAUGCACGUCUUCACCACGGCCUAUGUCUAUCUCUUCAAAGUGGGGAGCAACGUCUGGUACAAAGCCGAGCCCCCAAUAAAUGCUGACCUUGCCCCAGGACACCAGCUCCCUGUGUGCCCAGAGUCCGGUAAAUCCUCAUGCACUCCUGGGGGCAGCCAGCCUCAGCUUCCCCAGGAUAGCACCCAGCCAGUGAGAUUGGCUUUGCCGUUUCAGGACUUGGUGACUUUCAAGGAUGUAGCUGUGCUCUUCACCCAGGAGGAAUGGGGGCAACUGAGCCCUCCACAGAGGACCCUGUACAGGGAGGUGAUGCUGGAGAACUACAGCAACCUGGUCUCGCUCGGACUGUUGGGACCCAAACCUGAUAUGUUUUCUCAGCUGGGAAAAGAAGAAGAGUGGAUGCCGGAGGUGGCCUCAGGAGGCUUCUGCCUUGACUGGAUGACUAUGGCUGUGAGUAAGAAAUCUACUCUGCCGGCAGAUAUUCCUAAAGAAGAGUAUGAUCCAUGCCCAGUAAAGGAAGGGCUGACCAGAGACGGUCCCUGGAAAUGCGCCAGCCUGUUGGGAUGGCAGUGCCAGGAAGGGUGGGAAGUGCACUGGCCACAAGUGGCCUCUGCCCAUCAGGUCACCCCACCAGGAGAUGGGGCCCAGCAGGCCCAUGAGUCUGGGAAGGGUUGCCCCAGGAGCUCCUCACUUGUUCAGCGCCAGGGAUUGCAGCCAAGCAAAAAAGCCUUUGAAUGUUAUGAGUGCAGAAAAGUCUUCUCAAAGAGCUCCACCCUUAACAAGCAUCGGAAAACCCAUGCUGAAAAACUCAACACAAGUCAGAAAACACAUAUGAAAGAGAAACGGUAUGAAUGUCGAGAAUGUGGGAAAGCCUUUCAUCAGAGCACACACCUCAUCCAUCACCAAAGAAUUCACACAGGGGAGAAACCAUAUGAAUGUAAGGAAUGUGGCAAGGCCUUCUCUGUGAGCUCCUCACUGACUUACCAUCAGAAAAUCCAUACUGGAGAGAAGCCUUUUGAAUGCAACUUGUGUGGGAAAGCCUUCAUCCGGAACAUACAUCUUUCCCACCACCAUAGAAUACAUACUGGAGAGAAACCGUUCAAAUGUAACAUUUGUGAAAAAGCCUUCGUGUGCAGAGCACAUCUUACCAAACACCAGAAUAUUCAUAGUGGCAAGAAACCCUAUAAAUGUAAUGAAUGUGGGAAAGCUUUCAACCAGAGUACAAGUUUUCUCCAGCAUCAGAGAAUCCACACCGGAGAGAAACCCUUUGAAUGUAACGAAUGUGGAAAGGCCUUCAGGGUGAACUCCUCCCUUACCGAACAUCAAAGAAUUCACACUGGAGAGAAACCUUAUAAAUGUAGUGAAUGUGGAAAAGCUUUCAGGGAUAAUUCAUCUUUUGCACGGCAUCGGAAAAUUCACACUGGAGAGAAACCCUACAGAUGUGGCUUGUGUGAGAAAGCCUUCAGGGACCAAUCAGCCCUGGCCCAGCACCAGAGAAUUCACACUGGGGAAAAACCUUACACAUGUAACAUAUGCGAGAAGGCAUUCAGUGACCACUCUGCCCUCACCCAACAUAAGAGAAUCCACACGAGAGAAAAACCUUACAAAUGUAAAAUCUGUGGGAAAGCCUUUAUCCGAAGCACACAUCUUACACAGCAUCAGAGGAUUCACACGGGAGAGAAACCCUAUAAAUGUAACAAAUGUGGGAAAGCUUUCAACCAGACAGCAAACCUCAUUCAACAUCAGAGACAUCAUAUUGGGGAAAAGUGAUAUGACUGCAGCUUAUAUGGAAGAGCUUUGAUUGAGUAAAUUAAUUAUUGCAUUGAGAGAACCCAUUCUUAAGAAUACCUAUGAUACUCAUAUUUACAGAGAGCCAAGAUUCCUAACAUCGUGGUGUUUGAUAACAGAAUGGCAAACAAACGUCAUUGUUUGGUACUGUCUGGUUGAACAGCAGUACUUUUUUAUUAGUCUGAAUUACCAAGUAGCAGAACCAAAAUGGAGCUUCAUUAACAAUACAAAAAUUGGUUUCCAAAAUCUAUAAUUUAAGAGAAUUAUAAAAUUGUGAAAAUUAAGGUUGAGAAGCCAGGGAACACAGGAAUGAGAAAGUGGUCUACGGGAAUUCCAUUCUUACAGCUUCUCUAAGAGCUGCCACUGUAAUGUCGCCUCUGUUCUGUCCUUACCCAUGCACCUGACACGGAGGGUAAGGAAAGUACAGUCACCCGUGAGCCUGGGGAGUCAUUUAAAUCACACUUCCCACCUUCUGCUUCAAACUGUCUUUGGUCAGAUGUGGUCUGUGUGUCCCCUGGCUUUUUACUCUGUUCUGGAAACGUGACCCCCUUGCUCAGUUGGCUGCUCCUAGCUUAAUGGUGUGUCACUUGUUACCACCACCCUCGGGAGUGUGAUCUAGCCUCAUACACAGUGUACAUCAGAAUCUGCCAGUCAGGAUCAGAACCACAGAAUCAACUCGAAUCAAUCAGUUUCUGGUGUUCACAGCUCGGACUCUGUCUGGGGCGGGGGGGAGUUUGAUCACAGUUCUUGAGUUGCCCCGUUCCUUUGGGCCUCAGCUGGAGUCUGACCUUGGGAUGACACCUGUGCGGGGCUGUGCUUUACAGCUGUUCUUCACUGUAGUUUCUCUGCACACAGCAGCCAGGCUUGCUCAGUGUGAUGUGUGUGUGACAACACCAGCCUCCUAGUUGUGGUUGGUGUUCCUGGCCGACUUCACUUCUGUGACUCACCACUACCUGGUGUGCAUUUGACAUGAGAGAUGAGAGCCUAAGGCCACUUCCCAGGGCACUGUGGCCACUCUGCCUCGGCUGGACGAUCCCAUGCCCACCACGUUAGAGUAUAUUUGCUGUUCCCAGAAUAGUCAACUGCAGCUUCCUGUCUGCCCAGCUUUGUGUAGGUUUCUAAAGGUCUUAAUGUACACAGGGAAACAGGUUUGAAUUUCUGCUCUUCAUUGGAAAGCAGUUGCUUCCUGUCCUUUUCUUGGUCAUUCUGAGAGUGGUGACCAACACACUGAGUAAUUUCUUGGUCCAGAAGUGGCCCGUGGCACCAUCAGCUUCUCUGGAGGGGCAGUGUCCAAACCCUAAGUUGUGAGUGACACACAAGUAUUCCUCUUUCACCACUGUAGUCCAUCAGUGUCUCUCAUGGAAACCACAGACACGCAGUAACUCCUGUGCCUUCCACAUACACAGCACCUGUGCACUCCUCCCACCUCGAGCAGGAGGAGCCUGUCCUGCGGGCUGAGCACAGCAAGGGGGUGCAGAUCAUCAUUCUGGGAAGCGCUGUUGGUCAGGUGGUGCAGUCUUGAGCCCUCCGAGGGCUCCCUCAGCUCCCAGUUAAGGAAGAGGUUGCUGUGUGUCAUGUUGGACUCUAGGUUGAUACAGAGACUCAGAAGCGUCCAGCUGCUUCUAAGCCCAAAUUCUCGGGCUUCUGCUGACCCAGGCUGGCGGUGUGUGGGCCACCCUUCCUGUCAGGUGACCAGCAGCAACUCCUCCUUUCUGCCCUGUGCAUGGGAAGCCGACGUCCAAGAGGCUGCUGGGCACUGCCCUGCUUGGGCCCACACUUCUAUCGGGUGUCACAGGCUGGCUGCUCGAGACUGAGACUGCGCGUGGCUACUGCAGUUCCAUCCCUGGGACCCCCCCCCCCCCCGCGCCUUUACUGUGAAUCCCUGAGAAAUUCCUCUCUCAGCUGAGUUUGCCGCUCCUGUUGUUUGUCGAAAGCAGGAGAGCCCUGCCGCUUGGCGUUUGCCUGCAGUCGGGCCAAGGCCUGCGCCAGGGUAGGAGCCUCGUGCGUCUCAGCAACAGCGCCCGGAGCUGUCCCUCGGGGGUGGCCCCAGUCUGAAGGCUUCCCCGGAGAGCAGGCUGCCCUCCCGGAGCGCGUCUUCCUCAGAUGUGAGGCUUAGCGAAGCGAGACCUGUGGGACGUCGGUUGGUGCUGGGGAAGCAGAAACUUGCAUUUGUGGGAACCCUGAGGCAAGAGGCUCUCAGCCUGCAUCUGUCCUAUCAGCCGACUUGCGCCGUAUUGGACGGGAUUUCAGCAGCUGCGGGGCACUUUUCCUCCCCUUCCCGCAGCCAGGUCAAUCCCGAGACAUGCAGGGCGCUGGGAGGAGCAGGCCGGUCCUUCCUCGCUUGCCUGGCCUAGCUGACUGGCCACGCCGCAGAUCCCCGCCCACGGCAGAAGGUGGCGGAGCGCCGUGCGGGCCCCUUCGGGUCGCAGAGCUGGGAAGCUGGAAGGGCGCCACUGCAGCAGCUCCCUCAGCCUCAUCCAGCCCGGGCCUUCACCCUGCUGCUCACACGGUGCACAAGGACUCCGGGCGCUGCCGGGGCCGCCGCUGUCUCGGACGGUGUGAGCCUGUGGAGAGGCGUCUGAACCCAGUCGUGCAGCCUGGCCCCCGCCCUGCACUUCCGAGCAAACCCGUAAACAGUGCCAGUUCCACCCUGCUGGGGAGGCUGAGACAGGAUUCACACCUAGACUAUUCUUCUCCAGUGCGGACUCACCAACAGCCACUGGAACUGCCUGGGUUUGGCGGGGGGGGGGGGGUGACGGGCCCCAAAUUUCCCCUUCAAGUUCCCCUAGCCCUCUGUCUUGUCCGGUCUUGCUCAACUCCAUCCAGGUGUCUCUGUCUCCCUACUUACCUGGCUUUGGCAGCAGCGCGUCCCUAAGACGCUCGCUCUUCCACAUUCAGGGACUGCUGUUACAAUAGCACUUUACCCAGACUCCUGCUGCCAGGUGGCUGUGCCCUAUCCCCGCGUGGAACACAGUAUCCCUCCGCUGGCUGAACGCCUUUGGUACGGAAACAGCUUCAUGCACGCAAACAGUAAGAAUGUCGUGGCCUCCGUGCCUGGUCCUCUCCCUCCUUCCUAAGCCCUCUGCACUUUGCCCUUCAGGCGGCACUUCCGGGCCCCUCAGCAGGGCAAUGUGGAGGCAGCUGUCCCACCGCUCUCCUGCAGCUGGAGGGCUCUCCGCACCGCAGGCCACCUCAACGCCACUAAAUAUAUUUUGGUAAUGUUUUUACUUUUAAUAUUUUUAUACUGUGGCUUGAUUGUUUCUUAUCACUCAUGGCCCUCUCGGUCGUGCUGAUGACCAUUCCCUGCAAUUUGGAAGUCCUGACCUACUCCCUCCAAGUUUUCUGUCACCCUGUACACCACAUGUCACUGUGCUUUUAAAAAAGUUGUUGAUGCGUCAUCCAUCAGUGUGUCUAUGAAAAUAAAAUGAGAAAAGCA